UCCCGGGCGACCAUGAGUCUCGAAGCCGUCUGCUACCGCAGGGGCUCCCUGCAAAUCCUCAACCAGCUCCUGCUGCCUCAGCAGAGCCUUUACGAAGACAUUGGCGGUGUUCGCGAGGGCUGGGAGGCCAUCCGGGCUAUGAAGGUCAGAGGCGCUCCAGCCAUUGCUAUUGUAGGCUGCCUGAGUCUGGCAGUGGAGCUGCACAGUAAAGGAAAUGCAGAAUGGAGUGUCAGCAAGCUGGAAAAUUUUGUGUUGGACUCGCUGAACUACCUAGUGAGUGCUCGACCUACAGCUGUCAACAUGUCCCGGGCAGCUCAGGAACUGGGCGACUUUGUCUGCCAGGAGGCCAAGCGGGAAGGGGCUACUGCUGAGAGCCUGCAAGAAAGUGUGAUCAGCUGGGCAGAAGCCAUGUUGGAGAAAGACCUGAAAGACAACAGAAGGAUCGGGGAACAUGGGGCACGCCACCUCUUGCAGCAAAUAGGACAGGACAAGGUGGUAGUCCUGACUCACUGCAACACAGGCUCACUGGCCACUGCCGGUUAUGGCACUGCUCUUGGCAUUAUUCGCUCCCUGCAUGCUAUGGGCCAUCUGGAGCAUGUCUAUUGCACUGAGACACGGCCAUAUAAUCAGGGAGCCCGGCUAACAGCCUAUGAGCUAGUGUAUGAGCGCAUCCCUGCCACGCUCAUUGCUGAUAGCAUGGCAUCUGUGACCAUGAAGGAGAAAAAGGUGUCGGCUGUCUUUGUGGGAGCAGACAGAGUUGUCGCCAAUGGAGACACUGCCAACAAAGUGGGAACCUAUCAACUGGCUAUUGCUGCAAAGCAUCAUGGGAUUCCCUUCUAUGUGGCAGCACCUCGAACAUCAUGUGACUUGAGCUUGCAACAUGGAGGACAAAUUGCAAUUGAGGAGCGGCCAGGCCAGGAGCUGACAGAUAUCAAUGGAGCCCGGGUUGCAGCACCAGGUAUUGGUGUUUGGAAUCCGGCCUUUGAUGUCACCCCUCACAAUCUGAUCACUGGUGGCAUUGUCACCGAAUUUGGUGUCUUUGCUCCUGCUGAACUUCAGGCAGCACUGAUGCAGGCAGACAGCCAAAUAUGAAGGCGAAGAGCUCGGCUGUUUCUGGAUUGGCUGGACAAGAGUGCGCAUCAGCCAGACUUUCAACCCUACAUGAGGAACCAGCAAUCAAGGUUAAUAGGAUGUGCUUUUUAACCAGCCCCUUCUAUCUGUGCAUUGUUAAUGAAUACUCGUUACCUUUCCCCAGACCUUGAGUUAAAUGAUUAUUGGAGCUGACUGGACAAGGACAGCUGAUGUAUGUGUGAAUGAGUGUGUGUGAGAGAAGAGGGCUAUAUAAUGAACAUCCAGCUCAAAAGCGGACCAUCUGGUCCUUGAGCAGUUUAUAAUUCUUUAUGUUGCCUGCAUUUGUCAAGAGCAAUGGUGAUCUCCCAGCUCUGGACUCCUUUUCAGGAACAGCAGUUAAGAAUUUGAAUCGUUCUCAUUCCUGCCUUUGGUUGGCACAGGGGAGAACUUAGACUUUGAGUAAUCUGAAGGAUACAAGAGCCCCUCUGGAAAAAAAAGAAAGAAAACAUAAUGGCCCUACUCAUGAUUAAAGCAGGUUAAUUCAUUAGCGGAGCUCUUCCAUUGAAUUGGAGGUAACAGAAGUCGCCGUGGUUUCCCCACAUAAUUUCUUAUCUUCUCUUUUAAGGAGAUUAAGGAGGUCCCCAGUUCAGAUCUCACCUCUGCCCCAGACUCACUCAGCGGCCCCUCUCACGCGCAUCAGGGGCACAGGGAAAAUCAUACUGGCCUGCUUUAGUUUUCCAACAGGGCAUGAAGCUACCUUAUACUGAGUCAUACCAUUGGUAGCCGUUCUCCAGAAUCACAGGUGGAGGUCUUUCACAUCACCUACUCCCUGAUACUUUUAAUGGAAGGGGUUUGGGUCUGGGUUCUUCUGCAUGCCAAGCAGAUGCUUUGCCUCUGAGCCACGUCCCACUUCACAACAACAUUUGUGAAGUGUUUUGACCACUGAAAGAGAAAUUAAUACAUACUGGGGUUUUUAAUGCUAUACCAUGCUAAAAAAGACUUACUUGUACGAAUGCGUGAUUUUCAGUAUUUAUUAUGAGGAGCAAUGGAUACAGAAGAAGACCAGAAAUGUGAGGUGAAAUCAUUGCUCCUGCUGAUCGCUUACCUUUGAAGUAUGAAUGAAAGAACUGCUUUGCUGGACCAGACCAAAGACAUACUUUGCCUUCAAUAGCAAAUGGAUUGGAUCCAACCAGUUUUUCUGGUAGGGAUCAUGGAAACGGCAUGCACAAUAGCCACAUGGCUGUAGUAAGGAGGAGAACUGGGCAAAGUUGAGGGGAAAGUUGGCUGGAUCCAAGGCAUUAAUGAUCCACAAAGAGGGGAAAAAAACCAUAAAAGUUUGCUCUGAGUCACUUAAAAUGUUAAUGGUAGAGGAAUUAUUUGUCCCAUUCAGCUGCUAAAUUUUCAAUGGAAAUGCCUUAUGGUUGGAGUUGAAAAUUAAAAAGAGGCUGUUUCCACAUAGCCUGUUAUUCCCACCUUUUUCCUGCUUUAAAUCUGCGUUUAGCUGAGUCGCUCCGAAAAUUCAUCCUCCGCAUGCAGUCCCCACAAGCAAGGUCGCUGGACAUUCUCCAAACAGUCUCAAACAAAAGUGGUUUUUGAGGGGAGGUCAGGCACUUUUGUCAUUGUAGCCCCAAAUCGCCUGCCUGCCUUUCAGAUUUGCUUUUUUGUUGGCACAUGCAUGGUUGCAUGCUGCUGCUUAUGCAGUGAGGCUUCCGUGGCUGAACAGAAAUCCAGUAAGGAAGGGAAAGAGCUUCGGAGGAGGAACUGGGUGGAGAUAGGAGGAUUCUUCAGAACGCUUUAUGUGUUCCUAUGGCAAAGAACGGAAAAAAGCUGCUCUGUCCACCCGCAACAGAAGAAAGCACUCGAGAAACUGCCGUCCCAGUAAACAUGUGGAAAAGGCAGUAACAAAACAGUGUGCAUACGUUUUGCAAAUUUAAACAUGCAGAGAGUUGGAGAAAAGCCGCCAGAGUUCCAUGGAUGGACCGUGCCUAUGGGGACGUUUGGAAACAGCUAGGGUUGAAACAAAAAAUUCAGGUUUAUUAAAUAUCAAAUUGUUUCCUAAUAUAGUGCGGAAUGACAACCAGCUCUGAAAAAUUCUUGUUACAGAAGGCCCAGGAAGAAGGGUAUAUGAAAUCUAGUGCAGCACAAGCAUUAAAGAUGUCACUCCUGCAUAAUGUAUCAUUCUCCUGGAAUUGUUAAGAAACUGAUGUCUCCAGAUUAGGAGUUGACAAUCUUGGACAUGAGCACUGCUGGAGAAGGUUAGAAUUCAUUGUGGCAUUUUUGUGUUCACCCUGAUCUUACAGUCUCCAUCCCACUUGCCCCAUGCCAUGCCAAGAGUGUUUGUGGCCAAACUGGAGUUGGGCUGCCAGCUGUCUUUCUGGCAAAGCUCCAGGGCCUUCUCUGCAGUUAAAUGACAAGCAGAGCUUCACAUGGGACAUUUUCCCUCAUUGCCGCAUCACUACUUGUUAGAAAGCCUCCACCUGCUAAUUUUUGCUAACUGCACAGCUGUUAAAAGCAGAGCAAUCAUUCCAGAAAAAGAAAAAGUUGGCAAGCCUUUGCUAGGGAAAAGGAGAAGUGGGUUUGUGCAUAAAAGCGAAGCCUAUUUUCGUCUUUUAUUGUCAUCUGGAUGCAACAAAGGCAAUGAAAUAGUACCAUAAAUUGUGAAAACAUCUGACUUCAUCGGGAUUUCGUAAUCUAGAUAAUGUGUUAAAUUCGUAAUCAGAAAUUGGCUUGGUCGUGAAGGUCAAAGGGAUGCUCACUUGUUCUGCUGGUAAUAAUCUCAACCUGGUUAAAUUGGCCAGAUUGACCUUUGUUUGCAGCUGCCAUCACUCUGACUUAUUGUGAGGUUUGAGGGUAUCUUUUUAUCAAAGGGACUGAACUUGAACCCUAAUCAGUGUGUGUUCUGACUGUUAUUCAGCUGCCGUAGCAGUCUGAUCUGUGUAGCUAAGUUGCAUUAGACUGAGUCUAAUGACUUUUGUUUCACCGAGCUCACAGAUGGGGUGUUGAUGCAUUGUGUUCAUAAAAAAGUCCUAAUGUGAAAAUUUGCUUUAAGGUCAGGGUAAUUUAAAUAGCUUGUCAGGAGAAGCUUUUAGAAAACCCAGAGUGUGAUUGUAAUCCACAAGUUUUCUCAUUAACCAUGCCUUAUAUUAAGCAUUGAUUUUGGCGUAGUUCCUUCAGGUGGAAAGUGGCUCUGUCAGCAGUGCCGGGUGGUAGGUGUUUUAAAAAUAAUUUCUUUCUCCAGAAGUUGUAAUGCCUACUUAAUGUCCUGGCUGGAAAGGUUGAAAACAGUUGUUGUUGUGGGGUUUUAUAUUUUUUGGGAAAAUGGCAGCAUUUCUACUGUGUAUUGUGGGCCAAACAAUUAGCAAUCACUCAGCAAUUGAUGACUAUUUUUGCUGAAUGUGGUGUAUGUUGUUAUAACUGUGUGAGACUCUCAGCAAGAGCAGGUUAACAAUUUACUCAACUAGAAGAAAUGGAGGCAAAGCCUGUGUUUAGGCUAUUGUUAUUUCUGUGAGUAUGCUGCCUUUAUAAUUCAUA